AUGACAAAACUAGACCGAUGCAUUGCCUCUCUCAUGCAAGGCAAUAAAUCCAUGGAUAGACUCUCACCCUGUGUUCAAAUCAUUGACAUUCGGCAACAACAACAAUCACAAAAAGGUGGUGAGAAAAAGUUAAUUGUAACGAUCAGCGAUGGUGUUCAUAGUUGUCCAGCCAUCCUCAUCAAGCCUACCCAAAAACCCGACAAGUUCAGCGUCAUCAAAAUUCUUGAAAGUUUGAAACACACCAAAGAUAUUCUUCUUAUUGUUAAAUAUUCAAUUGAAGAGAAUUUGGAUGCCAUGAUUGGAUCUCCUAAAAGCUACACUGCUGAUUCAAACUCAUCUGAAGCUGGCGGUGCCACGAGUUCUUCGAAUAACAGCAGUAGUGGUACCUCAGCCUCUACUCGCUCAUCAUCAUCAUCCACAACCAAUGUUUCCGAACACAGAAAACAAGUUAAAAAGAGUGCUGGCGUUGAAGCUGCUGAUAGUUUCUAUGAUGAUGGUGGUAUGAGCAGUGUUUUACAAGAGGGAGACCGAAUGACCGACGAUCAAGUUUCUCCCAUCACGAGUGUCAAUCCAUAUGACCAAAAUUGGGUGAUUAAGGCUCGUAUCACUCAAAAAUCUGAAUUGAGACAUUGGGAUAAGGGAACCACCAAGGGUUGUCUCUUCUCGAUUGAACUUUUGGAUGAAUGGGGUGGUCAAAUUCGUGCCACAUUUUUCAACGAUGCUGCUAAAAAGUAUGUCAAUGUAUUGAAAGAAGGAGGUGUUUAUUUCUUCUCUGGAGGAAAGGUUAAAGACGCCAACAAAAAAUAUACCACCAUUCAACAUAAUUAUGAAAUUACUUUUGACCGUGGAACUGUUAUUCAAGCUGCCAAAGAAACAGCCAUUCCAGAAGGAAACUUUAACUUUACUCGUUUUUGUGAUGUUGGAAGUGUAGAAGAGAAUACCAUCUUGGACAUUAUUGGUGUAGUCAAACAAGUUUCCGAUGUGAAAGAUUUUACAACCAAGAACAACAGAAAGACUAAGCGUUGUAAUGUCACACUCAUUGAUAACUCAUCAAAUGAUCCCAACUCAUUCUUCCAAGUUGACUUGACCAUAUGGGGUGAUUUGUGUGAUUCGAUUCAAUUUAAGGAAGGUGAUGUUGUGAUCUUCAAGAAUGUUAGAAAGUCAAACUACAAUGGUAUUUCUCUCAACACUGUGAACAAUACUAGAGUUAUUACUCAAUCGAGUAUUCCUGAAUAUCAAGCUCUGGCUGAAUGGUGUGGUGAUCAUUCAAGUGGUUUUGGAGACGAAGUUGCCAUCAAAUUAACUCAACGUCAAACUGCUGCAAAUUCAACCAAAACAUUCAAAAGAAAGAAUGUUAUUCAAGACAUCAAAAACACCAAUGUCGAAGAUGUAAUGAGUGAUGCACUAACAUUUUAUUUGAGAGGAUAUGUGUCCUAUAUCAAACCUGACUUGUGGUAUGAGGCUUGCCCAAAUGAAAAGUGUCACAGAAAAGUCCAACCUGACGGAGACCACUAUAACUGCAAUACUUGUGGACCAGUUCCAUCAUGUAUUCGUCAAUAUAAGGCAACAUUUGCGAUUACUGACUGGACAGGAAAACAAUGGUGCCUAGGUUUUAAUAAUGCCAUUUUGGAAAUCUUUGACAAAGUUUCUGCUGAUGAGAUGUGUGAAAAAGCCAACUCGGAUCCACAACAUAUGCCUAUGGUUCUAUCGAGGGCAAACUGGACAAGAUAUGUAUUCUACAUUCGUGUCACAGCUGACAGGGCUCAAAAUAAUGAUCUGAAAUUGAAAUAUACUGCCUCACGAAUUUACAAUAUCGAUUAUGCCAGUGAGGCCAAGAGCGUUCUUAGCACGAUUAAGGAUUAUGGAUUUUAA